AAAAAAAAAAGCUCAAGCAAUGGAGUUUGCGGCGGGGGCGAUGCGCCCCUCCUUGGCAAGCUCGGUCAGCUCCUCUCGGAUGAAUAUAACCUUAGUACGAAGGUGAAGAAAGGCGUCAGCUCUCUCACAACUGAGCUGACCAUGAUGGAGGCGGCCCUCCUUAAGGUGGCUGAAGUGCCGCGAGAUCAGCUGGAUAAUCAGGUACGGAUCUGGGCAGGGAGAGUGCGGGAGUUAUCGUACGAGAUGGAGGACACCGUCGACGCGUUCAUGAUUCGCCUGGCGGAGUCCGCCGACGGUGAGCUCCCCACAAUGAAGAACAGGGUCAAGAAGAUUAUGAAGAAAACAACGAGAUUAUUUAGAAAGGGCAAGGAUCUCCAUCAGAUCUCUGAUGCCAUAGAAGAAGCCCAGGACCUUGCUAAGCAGCUGGGCGAGCUGCGCCAAAGGUACGGGCUUGAGAUGCACGAUCUCAGUGCUGCUGCUGCUAGCGUUAUUGACCCUCGGCUGAUGGCUAUGUAUAAGGAUGUAACAGAGCUUGUCGGUGUUGAUGGCACACGGGAUGAACUCGUCGAGAUGUUGAUAGGCUGUGAGGACUGGAAAAAACAACAAUUGAAGGUAGUCUCUGUUGUUGGAUUUGGCGGAUUGGGCAAAACAACUCUUGCCAAAGCAGUGUAUGAGAAGAUCAAAGUUCAAUUUGAUUGUGGGGCUUUUGUUUCAGUGUCUCAAAGUCCUGACUUAAAAAGAGUUUUUAAGGAUAUGAUCUAUGAACUUGACAAGAACAAGUAUGGGGAAAUUCAUAGGACCGCAAGGGGCGAAAAGCAGCUCCUCGACGAACUCAUCGAAAUCCUCAAGAAUAAGCGGUACCUUAUUGUAAUCGAUGACAUAUGGGAUGAAAAGGUGUGGGGACUUAUCAACUGUGCUUUCUCUCUGAACAGCCUUGGUAGCCGGCUAAUCACAACAACCCGCAAAGUUAAUGUGUCAGAAGCAUGUACCUCUUCCAGUACAGAAGAUAAAAUUUAUAAAAUGAAACCACUUUCUGAUGAUGAUUCCCAAAGGCUGUUCUAUAGAAGAAUAUUUCAGGGCAAGACGGGAUGUCCUCAUGAAUUAGAGCAGGUAUCCAGAGGUAUCUUGAAGAAAUGUGGUGGAGUGCCAUUAGCCAUCAUUACUAUAGCUAGUCUUUUGGCUAGUAACCAAAAGAUUAAAACAAAGGACCAAUGGUAUGUUUUGCUCAAUUCGAUUGGCCGUGGGCUUGUUGAAGGUGAUAGUCUAGAGGAGAUGCAAAGAAUACUGUCAUUUAGCUACUAUGAUCUGCCUCCUCAUCUGAAGAUUUGUUUAUUAUAUCUGAGUAUAUUCCCAGAAGACUAUGAGAUUUCCAGAGAUCGGCUCAUAUGGAUGUGGAUAGCUGAAGGUUUCGUACAACCGAACAAACAAGGAACUAAGAUGUUUGAGCUUGGGGAAGGCUACUUUAAUGAGCUAGUAAACAGAAACAUGAUUCAGCCGGUAGACAUUAACGUUGAAGGUAGAGCAAGUGCUUGUCGUGUUCAUGACAUGGUGCUCGAUCUCAUCUGCUCUUUGUCAACUGAAGAAAACUUUGUUACGAUAUUAGAUGGUAUUCAACGUAGCACACCUAAUUCCCAAAGCAAGAUUCGCAGGUUAUCUCUCCAAAAUGGCAUGGAAGAUACUUUUGUCUCUCAGCUGGCUACCACGAGCAUGACACACUUGAGAUCUGUUACUCUCUUUGAACCUGCUACUAAUGUUAUGCCAUCUCUCUCACGCUUUGGAGUUAUACGUGUGUUGGACUUAGGAGAUUGUAAGAUGUCAGAAAGUUGGUACAAGAUUAACCUGAAGUAUAUUGGAAACCUACUACAUCUGAGGUACCUAGGACUAGUUCAGUUAUCAAUUAAAGAGCUCCCGGUAGAAAUUGGAAAGCUAAAAUAUUUGCAAAUGCUGGACUUAUCAGGAUGUUCUAUAGAUGAGCUUCCGUCAAGUGUUAUUCUGCUUAAGCAUUUGUUGGUCAUGCGUAUCGGAUACGACACAAAAAUGCCAAUUGGUUUGGGUAAAUUGGUGUCCUUACAAGAGCUGGCCUAUCUGCUGGUGAACAGUAAUAAUCAAAACAAUGCUAAAGAGUUGGGCCAUUUGACUGAACUUAGGGUACUCGAGAUCUUGUGGGGAGAAUUGGAUGGGAGCCUAGAAAAAGUGAUGGUGGAGUCCUUAAGCAAUCUGCGCAAACUGCACACCCUAAGGAUUGGUGAUUAUUCUAGUGAGGAUAGGAUGAUCAUGCUAGAUGGCUGGGUUCCUGCUCCAAAGCUCCGUAGAUUUACUUCAGAGGUUAUGUUCUCAACACUGCCAAAAUGGAUUAACUCGUCAUUGCUUCCACUCCUCUCAACUCUGCACAUAAGGGUCGAUGAAUUGCAGAUGAAGGACAUUCAGUUGAUCGGGAGGCUGCCAGCUCUUCUUGAUCUCUGGCUGGGGGCAGAGGGAGGAGUACGCAUUAAGGUUGCCCCGGAGGAAAGCUUGGUAGUUACCACAGACUCAUUCCCAUGUAUGAAAUGCUGCACAUUCUACAGUCUUCAGAUCCUGCCAUCUAUGUUCCCACCAGGAGCAAUGCCAAUGGUCCAAUUCAUUCGGUUCACUGUCAACGCAUGGAACAUGGGGGAUGCUGAGUUGGACUUGGACAUGGAGAACCUGCCUUUGCUUGAGCGAGUCGAGGUUGACCUAAGGCAUAAAGGACCCAGCGCUGCAGUGGAGGAAGCGGAGGCUGCCCUGAGGCUCGCAGCGGACGUCCAUCCCAACCGCCCUACCCUUCUCAUCCACAAAUUCUAUUUUUAUUGAGUUCAGAAUAUAAUCUAAAAAUAUGGAAUCUGUCACACAGGAAGAGGUACAGACUAGGUCGUUCCCGUUUCCACACUUCUGCUGCAGACUUGAUUGCUCGUCUUCAACUUCACUGGUCCUCGUCACAGCCUCAGGAAAAAUAUGACGGAGUCCACCUUGAAUGAGUGAAAUAUCCACACAUGUACUCUUUUUUCCCCCUCACUAGUCGAGCACAAGAGGGCACAUGGGUUUCAGUAACCAGCUUGAACUCAACUUUAGCCGGUUCACAGCCUAGCAAGGGUUUUCAUGCUUGUCCUGCAGUUGUAGUUACUACAAUCAUGAUGGAGGAAAUGGGUGAGUGAUAAUUUGAUAUAUAGAUCAUGGAACACCUUAUGUUUUGUUAAAACAAAAUAAAAGUAAAAAUAUAUCUAAAUAUUUAUGGAGCGUGCAACUAGAGAUCGACCCUUCAGUACCUUCGGAUGUUUUUCUUCCUUUUAUCGCAUGAACUUCAAUUAUUGGUUACUAUGAGUUGUGUUAAUCUUGUU